AUUUAAAGAUGAACAUUCUUGCGGAACAUUUAUCACUCUGAAGCGAUCGCCGGAAUCUGCUACGUCGACACAAUUUUUGGGGAAACGGGAGUGGUGCUAAUCAUCUCUGAUAACAAUGGAAAUGAAACAAGUGCUAACGAUGGUGUUGAUUUUGGUCUUAAUUGAAGCUUCCACAUGUCACCGCCGGAGAGGCAACAGAAAAAACAAGAGCCACAAAAGCCACAAGAGCAACAAAGGCAUAGUGGAGUGUGAACCAUUGGAGGCUCCGGUGAAUGGCUCCUUACAAUUGAUAAACGGUGUCGCUAUUUAUUCCUGCGACAAAGGUUUUGUAUUGAAUGGAAACUCUACAAGAGUAUGCCAGACAGUGUACGGGCAUGCAUCCAGUUCAAGUUCCAGCAGUAGCCACAGUCACCACCACGUUACUGGAGCAGAGUGGAGUGGUGAUAAUACGACCUGUGAACCUGUGGAUUGCGGCAACCCUGAUGAUGGAACCAACUUCCUUAGCGUUUCAUACAGCACUACAACUCUGGGAUCAAUCGCAACCUUCAGCUGCGACGAUUGUGGAAGAUUUUUAGAUGAUGGGGACCCAAUCACAUGUUUGCCCAGCGGAGAAUGGAGUUGCAGCCGAGCUAUCUGUAGAGGCUCAGGAGUGCAAUGGGCGCAACGCCAGUUAACAACCUGUACAAGCCUUACUACAGGCACCGAGGCGACUGUGACGGGACUUGAAAACUUAGGGGAUUGUCAAAGAACUUGUAUCCUUUAUGACGAAUUUGAUUGCAAGUCUUUUGAAUGGACCCCAGGAACUUCCUCUUGUAAAUUGAAAGAUUUUAUUAUAUCAGAUCCGGGGGUGGUAACAGACACGUCAUGUGCAGGCACUACAUACAGAGAAAUUCUCUGUAAUAGUCGUCCCUAAGAUGAACCAAGAUGCAGAAAGAGGAAGUGGACUAUACAAGAAGAAAGAAUACAAACUGACUGAUUUCUGCUAAUUAGCUUGUAAUCUUAAU